UUUCUUUAGUAUAGAAUUAUAUGAAUAGUUUCUUUUAAAAAUUGUUUGAAAUUAUACGAUUACACUGAUAAAAUCGAUAUAUUAACCGUGUUCUUUUGGUUGAUAAAUUUUGGAAAUCCAGAACUUUUUGCUUAUAAUUUUUAUCAAUGUAAUCGUAUAAUUCCGAAACUUUUGUUUUAUUUCUCUCCGGUGUUCUUGUUCAUCAACCAUUGAUAAUCGUAUCGUUGUUUUGUUAUAACAUUUUUUAAGUUUUGAUAAUAUUAUCAUUAGUACAAUCAUUACCGCUUGAUAUGAAUUAUAGUUUAUGCUAUCAUGUUACGCGCUAACUAAUAUUGUUUUAUAAUCAUUGUCAUUUAUUUGCAUCAUAUAUAGCUAAAUAGCCAAUUACACACGUUUUACGUGCAAAAUGAUAUGUUACUGUGUGUUUAUUAAACUGACGUAGGGUCUUAUCUAGUUUGUCCUAACUUUCAAAACUAGUUUAGUUAUAGUUAAAUAAGUAUGUUGACAUACCUAAACACAAGCUUCCACUAGUUUAAGUGGCAUGUAGAUCGAAAUUAAAGUUAGGUGUGAAAAUCUUAAAUUAAUUUAUAUUUGUCCAAACUCCGAUGAACUCAAUGGCAUAUACCAUAAAUAUACAAACAAACUCUUAAUUAAUACUUACUGGUUUCAUGUUGAAGCUCACUUCAUUGGAUGAUAAUAGAGAUUACUGGAAAAAAACACAUAAAUUAAACAAAAACAAUUAGGGGUACUAAUCAUCUUUCUUUCUGAAAAACUAAUCUAGCAACUCUACUCAUCUAUUCGAAUCUAAAAUUAGGUUUCCCUAAUUUCAAAAUGUCAUUUGUUCUUCUUAUAGUAUAAAAAUAGAAUCAAAAGUUAAUAGAAAAAGAGACUAAAAAUGGCCAACAAGUGGUAGCCACGCGCCAAAGUAGGCGUCGGUCGAAUCUAAUGAUGAUAACUCUAACUCAACGUUCAGACAAACAGAUAACCAAAUAAAAAUAUAAAAGAAUCUUCUGAUGUCUCUUCAAGUCUUUGCCUCAAAAUCAAUAGUCUUCUCUCUCUCCAUCUUCACUUCUAAGAUUGCGUUUCCUCUUGAUGCUUUCUCUCUUUAGCUUUGACUUUGUAAGAUGAGAGAGGAAGACUCCAACUGGUUUGCCAAAUGGGAAGAAGAGCUCCCGUCGCCGGAGGAGCUCAUACCGUUAUCUCAGUCCCUCAUCACUCCCGAUCUCGCCAUCGCCUUCGAUCUCCGAAGUCCUAACCAACCUCAGCCUCAAACCACGCCGCCGCCGCAGCAAACCAACUCCUCAGCCGAGUUCGCCGUAGACUCCUCCGGAGACGAGCCGGCUAGGACGCUAAAACGGCCGCGUUUGGUGUGGACGCCGCAACUGCACAAGCGCUUCGUGGACGCGGUGGCGCACCUCGGGAUCAAGAACGCGGUUCCCAAAACCAUCAUGCAGCUCAUGAGCGUCGACGGGCUGACCAGAGAGAACGUCGCUAGCCAUCUUCAGAAGUACCGGCUUUACCUCAAGAGGAUGCAGUCCGGGGGAGGCGGCGGAGGAAACGUCGUCGGUGAGUCGGAUCAUCUUUUCGCUAGCUCGCCUGUUCCUACGCAUUUUCUUCACCCGACGGGUAGACAAAGCUCCGACCAUUUCAUUCCUUCUUUCGUCCCUAUCGCGUCUCUUCAGCAUCACCAGCCUCAGUUCCUCCACCGGCAAAUCUCCGCCGUGAAUUUCACCUCUCAGGCAAAUAACAACAACGGGAAAGCGAUGGACCAGUCAUUGUUCUUGGCUAGGCAGAGUCAUCAUCAGCAGCAGCAACAAGUUCUCACUAGGAGCCAAGUGGCUAACUAUGCAGAUGAUCUGGAACAAGGAGCCAACACGGUCUUGACUCUAUUUCCAACUCGAGAAAAUUGAAUUUUAAAAAAAAACUAUUUAUAUAUUUGGAACAUCCACAAAAUUUGAGUUGUAUGGUGUCUUUGUUUUGUACAAUGUGGAUCCGGUCAUUACAAGGUCUCUGUGACCGGAUCUUGUAGUAUAUUAAGACAUGAGUUUUCUCUGUAUAAUUGGAUGAAACAAAGUGAUCUUUUUCACUUGUUUAGAUUUGAUUUUCCAAGUACUUUAAUGUGUGCUAUUUUGCUUUUUUGAGUUUA